AUGUUAAUUCAAAGUGAAUCACGUCCUAAACCAUUAAUUGAUCCAAGUAAAAUUACUGAUCCAAUAGGACCUGCUCAUCGCUCGAAUAAAACCUCCUCUUCGAUCGCUAGAGGUCAUCCAACUAGUCAAAGUACAGUCGAUAAAAAUACCAGCAUAUCAGUAUCUAGAUCAAAUUCAUUACGAGAAGAAUCUCCAAUAGGAAGAAAGCAACAAUUAGAAGUUCAUUCCGAUGCAUCGAUAGCAAUUUCCCGCAGUAAAAUAGAAACUUUAAGUGGACGUGAUACAAGGCGAACAGGAUCAAUCUCAUCAUCAUCCACUUCAACAAGUCGUCAGGGCUCGUCUCAACCCAAAGGCAUACUUAAAAAGCCCCGAUCAAGUCAUAGUGCCAACAAUGGGGUGGCUGCUACUUUAGAAAAUUACAAGAAAAAUGAAGAUGUCAUAUCACACGAACAAUUUAAAGAUGCCAUCAGAACCAUAACCAGCAAGGAUGAUCCUAGAAGUAGAUUUGAUCGAUUUGUUAAAAUUGCUGAAGGUUCAACCAGUAUUGUGACAAUUGCCCAUGAUUAUAAAUACGAUCGUAAGGUAGCUGUUAAAAAAAUGGACUUAACUAAACAACAACGACGAGAAUUAUUGUUCAAUGAGUUGGCCAUCAUGAAAGAUUUUCAUUACGCCAAUAUUGUAGAAUUAUACGAUAGUUAUUUAGUUGGUGAUGAAUUAUGGCUAGUAUUGGAAUAUGUGGCUGGUGGCUCUUUAACUGAUAUUAUUACGCAGACAAGAAUACAUGAAGAUCAAAUUGCAACUGUAUGUAAAUACUGCUUGCGAGCUUUAUCAUUUCUACAUACGCAUAAAAUUAUUCAUCGAGAUAUUAAAAGUGACAGUGUGCUUUUAACCAGCUCUGGUCAGGUAAAACUAUCGGACUUUGGAUUUUGUAGUCAAACUUCUGACGAAGUUCCUAGAAGGAGGUCUUUAGUAGGUACACCUUAUUGGAUGGCUCCAGAACUAAUUGCGAGAGAGCCAUACGGUUCUGAGGUUGAUAUUUGGUCACUCGGUAUCAUGAUAAUAGAAAUGGUUGAUGGAGAACCACCUCAUUUCGACAAAUCACCUUUGGAGGCAAUGACAAAUAUUAGGACAGAUAAGCCACCUCAUUUCAGACAUCAUGUAUCGGCAAUUUUAAGAUCAUUUGCUAGGUUAAUGUUGGUUAAACAGCCAGAAUCGAGAGCUACAGCAUAUGAGCUACUACAACAUCAAUUUAUACUAAAGUCUAGAAAUCAUUCUAUAUUGAAACCUCUACUCAGUGUCGUGAAGAAAUCAGCGCACGAUUAA